CAUUGACGUCGUUGUUAAGUCAGUUCCCCAGCUUGUCUUCGUACUUGAGCUGCACAUAAAAUACGCUGUUUGAUUUAUCUGUUGAUCUCUGACAAACAAUGUCAUUUUGUUCAUUUUUCGGGAAGGAGUUGUAUAAAGAUCAUUUCAAACCCGGUAUAUAUGUUUGUUCCCAAUGUGGACAUCCACUCUUUUCAAGCAGAUCCAAAUAUGCCCAUUCCACCCCUUGGCCUGCCUUCACAGAGACCAUCCGAGAGGACAGUGUAACAAAAAUGAUGGAGUCAUUAACAGCCUUCAAGGUUCUGUGUGGCAAGUGUGGUAAUGGACUAGGCCAUGAGUUUCUGAAUGAUGGGCCAGAGGAGGGCUUAUCACGUUUUUGAAUAUUCAGCCACUCGCUUAAGUUUGUCCCAAAAGAUAAGGUUGAUAAACACUAAGCGAAGUGAUUGUCCAUGCUGAUGAGGCUGCUGCUGUUGCUUGCACACUGGUAAACGGAUGUUCAGCUCAUGAAGUGGACAAGGGAAAAGCCCCAGAUUGGGGGUCCUGUUCACAGAUAUAUUAUGACCGUCCCGUACACCACAGAGACCACUGUAUUUGAUAUAUUUUUAUAUUAGUCUGCAUAAGCUAAUAUGAGCAUGUUCAAGAUUUAUCAUGAAUGAAUGAAAAUACUUACUGAUAAAACCAGUCUCGAAUAUUGUUGAUGUAAAAUGUUAACUGUAAACCUUCAAUAAAGCAAUUUACGUGUCA